UUCCCGCCUGUAUAAAACGACAAGUUCGCUUAAAAGAAAAUACAGAUGGAGAAGUCUAGCCGGUUCGCUGUGACACAGAGAGUCCCCUUAAGCUUACGUGACAACUCGCAUACUGUCCCUUUGUGACCAGUUUAUCGGCAGAAUGCCCGGUCUAUGCGUGCUUUGUCUCACUGCGGUGCUCGCUGCAUUCACCCGGUUCGCGGAGACCGUGGGACCGGUGGUCCGAUGCGAGCCGUGUGACGCCGGGGCUCUUAUGGAGUGCAAGCCGCUGCCAAAAGACUGCGCAGAGAGGGUGCGGGAGCCCGGCUGCGGGUGCUGUCUGUCGUGCGCCCUUGCUGAGGGUCAGGCGUGUGGAGUGUACACCGGGCGCUGUGGCUCCGGGCUGAUUUGUCAGUUCCAACCCGGGGAGACCCGACCACUGCAAGCCUUGCUAGAGGGAAGGGGAGCGUGCUCCAGCGCCGCGUCCAAAAAACUCAACACCUUUCUGCUCCCCGCGCAGAAACAAGAGAACACAAGCGGGGAGCAGGCCGGGGCAGGGGCUGAACGGCGUGCCAACGGCACCAUGACGACGACCACAACGGUGGCGGUGGGCGCGGUAGGUGUGGAAGGCGGAGGUGGUGGACAUCGGGGGGCGAUAGAAGCCAAACCGCCACUGCACACCAAGCUAGACGUGAUCAAGAAGGAGCAGAAUAAGAAGAGCCAGAGCUACAAGGUGGAGUCAGUGUCUGGGGGAGUCAUCUCCGACAUGCACAACUUCUCCCUGGAUAACAAAAGGGAGACCGAGUAUGGCCCAUGCAGGAGAGAGAUGGAAAGCAUCCUGAACAGUCUUAAAAUCUCCAAUGUGCUCAACCCCAGAGGCUUCCGCAUCCCUAACUGUGACAAAAAGGGCUUCUACAAGAAAAAACAAUGCCGUCCUUCCUAACUCAGUUGCAGGAGA